AUGGUAGACGUAUUUAACUCUAGGUCAUGUCACGCUGUGGGCAAUGAGCAGGAGAUAUGGUGUGGAUGUUGUGGCAACCCGUCACUGUGUCCACACGCAGUGGGCAAUGAGCAGGAGAUAUGUUGUGGGUGUUGUGGCAACCCAUCACUGUGUCCACACGCUGUGGGCAAUGUGCAGGAGAUAUGUUGUGGCAACCCGUCACUGUGUCCACAUGCUGUGGGCAAUGUGCAGGAGAUAUGUUGUGGGUGUUGUGGCAACCCGUCACUGUGUCCACACGCUAUGGGCAAUGAGCAGGAGAUAUGGUGUGGGUGUUGUGGCAACCCGUCACUGUGUCCACACGCUGUGGGCAAUGAGCAGGAGAUAUGUUGUGGGUGUUGUGGCAACCCGUCACUGUGUCCACACGCUGUGGGCAAUGUGCAGGAGAUAUGUUGUGGGUGUUGUGGCAACCCGUCACUGUGUCCACACGCUGUGGGCAAUGAGCAGGAGAUAUGUUGUGGGUGUUGUGGCAACCCGUCACUGUGUCCACACGCUGUAGGCAAUGAGCAGGAGAUAUGGUGUGGGUGUUGUGGCAACCCUGUCACUGUGUCCACACGCUGUGGGCAAUGA